AUGUGGUCUAACGUCUCGUCUUCUGAUCUGCAGCGCUGGCAUCGGGACAUGACAGUGAUAUGUCGACGAGCGCGCUCCAUGUUCUUCAGCAGGCAGCCAUGUGUGACUAGCCAAAGAAAAUAUCAUACCCUGUGUGGCUUCAGACAUCGCCAUAAAUUAUUCGAGGAGGGGCUAGCCUCGCUGCCAUCAACCUCCGCCACUAGCCGGUACGCCAACUUGAGGGUGACACCGCCUUACUACUUGAGAACCCAAACAAGCUCAUCGGCGCCAAGUUUCGACUUCGGAACCGGCAUCCCUGCCACCUGCAUAACAACAUCCUGGAAAUUGGGGCUAUGA